AUGUCUAAAGCGACGGUGAAGAAGCUGCACUGGCGCUCCAAGGUGCAGGAGAGCUUCGUCCCUCUGGGGGGCGCCGGCUCGGGGGAGCUGGGGCUGGCCAUCGGGGGCGGGGCCGACUACGGCGAGUUCCCGUUCGUCACCGCCGCCCCCGGGGGCGGGGCCACGGUGGGCGACAUCAUCUUAGAGAUCGGAGGGACGCCGGUGUUGGGGAUGACCCUCGGUGACGUCAGAGGAGUCCUCAACUCCUGUCCUCAUCCAAUCAGAAUCAAGACCGUGUCACCAGGUUCGUCUCUGUGUAAAGACCUCAGGUUGUACCUCAGUAAGUGUUUCACUCCAGGAUCCAUGGACAGCCAGCUGCAGCAGCUCAUCAGGGAGAACCUAUACCUGCGCGCAGUGCCCUGUACGACCCGGCAGCCUCGGGACGGAGAGAUCUCAGGUGUGGACUACAACUUCGUGUCCAUCGAGGAGUUUUUCUCUCUGGAGGAGUCUGGAGCUCUGCUGGAGAGCGGCAAGUUCAAAGGGAACUACUACGGGACGCCCCGCCCCGUCCACAUCGGGCCAGAGAGUCCACCAAUCACGUACCAGGAGCACCGGAACCUGCUGAGGAACUUCAGGACGAGGAGCAAGUCUCUGAGUAACCUGGAGAAGGCUGUGGAGGAAGGAGACAACAGCGAGGAGGACAGCGGACUGUCAGGGUCGGCCGGAGCCCCGCCUACCAUCCUGCCUCUCAGCCAGUCCUGGGAGUCGGCGGCAGGAAGUCGGGAGGGAAUCGAGAACGGAGGAAUAGGAAGAAGAAGAGUAGGAGGUCCGCUGCCUGAGAACUGGGAGCUGGCCUUCAGUGAUUCAGGGGAGCCCUACUACAUAGAUCACAACUCAAAGACGACCAGCUGGUUGGACCCUCGAGCUCAGAACAAAGAGUCGACCUCCUGCACAGAACCUGACAUCCUGGUCUACAUCAACGACUCCUGUGUGCUGGGUCGCUCCCACAAAGAGGUGGUGGAGAUGCUGAAGUCGGUGCCGAUGGGUCAGAGCGUGGACGUGGUGCUGAGGAGAGGAUACCCGAUGCUCUACAACCCCGACGGCUGUCCCAAACAGAGUCUGGAGACGCCACAGACUCCCAGCGAACCCCCCAACCUGAACCGAGGCCUGACCCACCUCACCUAUAGUCGCACGCUGGAAUCCAACGGCAGCACGCCAGGGCCGGCACAAACCCCGCCUUCCUACGCCGCUCAGCCAAUGACGAAUGGACUGGCGGGCCCGCCCACCCCAACGUCUUCUGACCUCCCGCUGGGCCCACCACCCCCUCCAGAGAGGACGCCGCCCAAUUACAGCGACUCUGAUGGCGGCCUGUCCAGUGCUGGAACUCGAAGGUCAUCUCUGAUUCGUUACAACAGCAGCACUCUCCCUGCCUUCUCCUCCUCCUCCCUCCUCCACCACCAGAGCUCCAAGUCCUCAGAAAGCGAUCUGUCCACGUCCACACUCCCCAUGUCCUCCUCCACGCUGCCCAUCAUGUCUUCGUCUUCCCACACUCUGUCCAAACUGCCACUCUCUCAGCCUGAGACAGGCCUCCUUCAGAACUCCUCCAGCCCCUCCAACACCACCACCAACAACCCCUCCUCGUCCUCAACACCUACCGGUGCACCUGUGCAGCGCCCACCGAUGCCCCAGACCUCCCUCGCCCUGACACCACCGAGAGACAUCCCUCCCUGUGGCUUUAACGGUUGUCCGGCCAGUCACCAAGCGCCAUCCCCGGCCUCAAGGGGAAACCCAGGACUGGUGCUGCCCCUCGGGGCAGGGUCGCCCGGGUCGGGCCUCAACGGAGAGCUUGUGCCGGUGGCCCUCGGUCGCAGUGAGGGCGGGGGGCUGGGGUUCAGCGUGACGGCGGGAGGACAAGGAGGUCAACAUGCAGUGGUGAGACGUGUUUGGGAUCGGAGGCAGUGCCCCUCGCUGCAGCCAGGAGACGCUAUUGUGAAAAUCAACGGAGCAGACGUACAGAGCCUCAGCUUCUCCCAGGUCCAGAGAGUCUUACAGGAACACACCAAACAGGGAGAGGUGGUACUGCUGGUCUACAGAGGAGGUCCCGUCUCCUCUCCAGUUGUCACCCCCAACUUGUACAAGCCCCUCCCAUCCCCACAUGGUCCAACCACCCCUUCUCCCUCCUCCUCCCACCCCAACACUUCAGCCGACUUGCCUUCAGCGUCCACGGGUGCCUUGGUGGGGGGCGUCCCCCUGCUCAGCCAGGCUGGCUUGGCCCUCGAGAGUCCCCAGGAGGGGCACCUACCAGCUCCAGGGAACCACCAAGGAGCUCCUCCUGCCCAGACGCCGAACGGGCCCCCAGCCUCGGCUCUCAUCCAGAGCACCAGCUUCCUGGAUUCAGUCCCGGUGACGUUGACCUUAGAGCCACGAGACCUGCUGGGCGUAGAGGAGAGCGCCGGCGGGCCUCCUCCGGCCAGAGGGGGCGGGGCCCUGGGAGCCAUCGCCAAGGACGGGCGAGGGGGAGGCGGAGUCAAGGCGAUGGAGGUGGAGCUGAGGCGGAGGCCAGGGGAAGGCUUCGGAUUCGUCAUCGCCUCUCAGGAAGUGAGCGGAGCCCCCUCCCUGAUGUCCCAUCGCUUUGUGACGGUGCGUCGCGGCAGCCCGGCGGCUCGCAGCGGCCAGAUUCAGCCCGGAGACCAGCUGGAGGCCGUGGAGGGCCGACCGGUCGGAGGCCUGCAGCACCGAGACCUGGCCCAGAUCCUGAGGAGGGCAGGAAACACGCUGAGGCUGAGCAUCACGCCACGACACCACUCGUCCUCUCUUUCAGAAGCAGCUGAUCUCGACAUCGACGGCAGAAUAAUUAAAGGAUCCAGAGGAAGGUCAAAGGACGAGUCCAGGUUCUACAGCGUGGAUCUUGAACGAGGUCCGACGGGCUUCGGUUUCUCUCUGAGGGGGGGCAGCGAGUACAACAUGGGCCUGUACGUACUGGGACUGAUGGAGGGGGGGCCGGCCCAGCGCAGCAACAAGAUACAGGUGUCCGACCAGCUGGUGGAGAUAAACGGCGACAGCACGUCAGGAAUGACCCACAGCCAGGCCGUGGAGCAGAUCAGGAGGGGAGGCCACCGGAUCCACCUCGUCCUCAAGAAGGGCAACGGAUACGUGCCCGACUAUGGCCCUGAGGAAGGAGCCCUCUCCCCCUCCUCCUCUUCAUACACCGAGGAGCAGGAUGUGGAUACAGUAGCCAUGACAACCGCCUCUCUCAGCCGGCAACCAGGAGGAGGAGGAGGAGGAGGAGGAGGAGAGAGGAGGACGAGGAGGAAGAGGAGAGAGGGAGAAACCAAACACAGAACAGGAUCAGGAGGAGGAGGAGGAGGAGGGUUCGGACCUCCUGACCUGGACCUGGACCUAGUGGAGGAGAAAGCCAGAGAGGAGGAGGAAGAGAAGGAGGAGAGGAGGAGAAAAAGUCAAACAGUCCGACAGAAGAAGCGGGACGACCAGAAGGAGCAGGGGAGGAGGAGCAGGAGCUUACCCAGGAGCGGUGCUCGAUCCUGGGAAUCGCCGCCGCUGGAGGAGGGGGUGGAGGAGUAUGGAGGCGGGGGAGAGAGGGAGAGGAGGAGGAGUGAGACGAAGAGCCUGAGGGGGGAGGAGAGAGACGCCGGCUCCGCCCGCCACGCAAAGCAUGCUGGGACCUCGGCUGCAGCUCAGAAGGCGGCGUUCUCCUUCCUCAUGCCGAUGGACGGCGACGACGAGCGUCCGUCCGACAGCGAAUCAGCAGCCAGCUUCUCAGAGGUCAGCCUAUCAGCAGCCAGCAUCGCCACCGGUGGCUGGAGGGAGGAUUGGAGGAGAGCCGAGUCGGCGUGGCGACAGGGGAACGCCCCCGGGCCCUGGCUGAAGCCCAGCCCACAGAGACUGACCCAGGUUCUGAGUGGCAGCCGGCUCAGAGGGCGGGAACUACUCUCUCUCUGAUUGGCCAGCAGUGAGGACAUUCUUUUAUUUUUAAUUGGGUACUUAAAAGGGCUUUUUUGAUUGGCCUGUUGAGAGAAGC